GUCGCAUCAUAUUUACGCAGCCUAAAGUGAAAGUAUAGUCGGUUUCUCUGAACACCACGGUUGUCUCGGGCCUCUUGGUGAUGUUUUUGAAAACAAAAAUAAGCAAGACAAUCCAGUAAAUAGGACGCUUAAAUUUAACAAGGAAUUCACGAGUGUUUGCUGAAAGCUUUUGGAGCUAAAAGCACUGACCCUGAGCUCUGGCUGAGCAAAUACGAGUGAAUCUGUGAAAGUGAAAGUAAGUUUGCAGUUUUUACAGACGCAGGAGAAAUCAACAGAAUGGCUGCUAGAGCAUCACUGACAGAAGUGGAUUUCUCCUGCCCUGUGUGCUGUGAGAUAUUUAAGGAUCCUGUUGUGCUGUUGUGCGGUCACAGCUUCUGUAAGCACUGUCUUCAGGAGUGGUGGAGACAGAGUGGACUCCAGACAUGCCCAGUCUGUAAGGAAAUAUUUCCAAUGACUCAGCCUCCACGUAAUCUGUCACUGAGAAACCUGUCUGACAACUUGAGACAAGAGAAGAUCAAGAGAGCUAACUCAGGAUCCAAGGACAUCUGCAGACUGCACAGUGAGAAACUCAAGCUCUUCUGUCAGGAUGAUCAACAGCUCAUCUGUGUGAUUUGUAGAGAUGCACAAAAACACAAGACACACAACUGUGUGCCCAUCAACGAAGCAGCAGAACCCUGUAGGGCCCAACUCAAGCUUGAGACGUUGCAUUUAAAAACCAAACUGGGGAAAUUUAAAGCUCAUAAACUCAAGUGUGAUGAAAUGGACAUCCACAUCAAGCUCCAGGCUCAGCAGACUGAGAAGACCAUCAAAGAGGAUUUUCAGAAGCUUUACCAGUUCCUGGGAGCAGAGGAGGCUGCUAGGAUUGCUGCAGUGAGGAAAGAGGCGACAAUCAAGAGUGAAGCAAUGAACAUCAGGAUUGUUAAUUUGACUGCAGAGAUCUCCUCGCUCAAAGACAAAAUCAAAACCUUAGAGAGGGAGAUGAAAGCUGAGGACAUCUCAUUUAUGCUGAAUGUCAAAUCCACUAAGAGGCGAUCUCAGUGCAACCUACCAGACCCAGAGACUCCAUCAGGAGCCCUGAUCGAUGAGGCCAAACACCUGGGGAACCUGCUGCUCACAGUCUGGAUGAAGAUGGAGAACUUAAUCCAGUACACUCCUGUAACUCUGGACCCCAACACUGGUGACAGUAGAUUGAUUAUAUCCGAACACAUGACCCGUUCGACAAACAGCUACAGGAGUCAGCUGCUUCCUGAUAACCCAGAAAGGCUGUGCUACUUUGCCGUUCUUGGCUCUGAAGGCUUUAUCUCUGGAAAACACAGCUGGGACGUGGAGGUGGGGGGUUGUUGGGCUGUUGGUGUGGCUCCUAAGGGUAAAAGCUAUAAAAACACGUGGGGCAUCCACGUGUACGGUACCAAUGGGUUUCUGUGUGAACUUACUCCAGAGAGUGAUUGUAAAGUUUUAUCUAAAGACUCGAUUCCCCAAGCGGUCAGAGUGCAGCUGGACUAUGACCAAGGGAUUCUAUCAUUUACGGACCUUGAUAGAAAAACACAUGUACACACCAUCAAACACACUUUCACAGAAACAGUCUUUCCGUAUUUUCAUGGCAAUGCAAAAAUCCUUCCAGCUGAAAUGUCAGUGAAGAUAAGAAAACCCAGGUAAACAUUUCACAUUACGGCCUUAUUUUGGGAACGUAAGUGUUCACGAUAUCAUCUACCUUUGCAAAUCCUGGACUUGUUACCUAUGUCAGUUUUUAGUACUGUAUAAUUUCUUUUGAUCUUUUUUUAUGUUUCCAUAUUUAGUUUAUGUUUCUCAGAUUUCAGUAUAGUUGUGUAAAUCUUGGUCUAUCUCUGUAACUUCUUGACAUCAACUGUUUGAUGUCAGUGACCAAUAACAUGUUAGUGUUGUCUGUCAUCACGUAGGCUUUCCUUGUUUCCUUUUUGGCUUUGUCUGCCUUUAAGGGGCAUUCCCCUGAUUUUACACAUGAAGUCCAGCUUACAUAUAACGAAGAGUGUAAAAAACAGA